AUGAAGGGAUUAGAUUUGUAUCCAGAUUAGCCAUCUGACAAAUGGAACAAAAGAAUAGCUUACUAUUUUGAUGAGACCAUUGGAUGCUACAAUUAUGCCAAUGGCCAUCCUAUGAAACCUCUCAGAGUGGCAAUGACAGAUACACUAGUUAGAUCAUAUGAAAUAGAUAAGAAGAUGAAUCAUUUCGAUAGGGAUUACGUAAACACAUACAUCAGAGCAGUUAAUGAAAAGAUCUUAACAAACUUCCACUCUGACGAAUACAUCGAAUUGAUACAAAAAGUUCAUCCUAACAACAAGCACUUCUAUGAAGAUCAGUUAUAUAGAUUUAAUUUUGGUGAAGAUUGUCCUGUGCUUGACAGAUUAUAUGAUUACUGCUUGACAUACGCAGCAGGUUCAGUUGCUGGCGCGAACUUGCUUGCCAACUAAAAAGUUGAUAUUGCACUUAACUGGUCAGGUGGUUUGCAUCAUGCUAAGCAAUCAGAAGCAUCAGGUUUUUGCUAUAUUAACGAUUGUGUUUUAGCCAUUUUAGAAUUGCUUAAAGUUUAUCAAAGAGUUUUAUAUAUCGAUAUUGAUAUACAUCAUGGUGAUGGUGUUGAAGAAGCCUUUUACUUAACUGACAGAGUCAUGACUUGCUCAUUCCAUAAAUAUAAAGAUUAUUUCCCAGGUACUGGACAUCUUGAUGAUAUUGGUACUUAGUAAGGUAAGUUCCAUGCAGUUAACUUCCCUUUGAAUGAAGGUUUAGAUGAUGAAUCAUUUGUCUAUAUUAUGAAACCUGUUUUAUAAAAGAUUAUGGAUACUUUUAGACCUGAAGCUGUCGUUUUAUAAUGUGGUGCUGAUAGUUUGUCUGGUGAUAGAUUAGGAUGCUUCAACUUAUCUAUCAAAGGUCAUGGUGAAUGUGCUAGAUUUAUGAAAUCUUUUGGUGUACCUAUUAUUUUAUUAGGAGGUGGUGGAUAUACUCUUCGUAAUGUUCCAAGAUGUUGGGUUUAUGAAACUUCUGUAGUAGUAAAUGAAGAACUAUAAGAUUAAAUGCCUUAAAAUGAGUUUUUGCACUAUUUUGGACCAGAAUAUAAAUUGCAUAUGCCUAUCAGUAAUAUGGAAAAUUAAAAUAGUAAGAGAUACUUAGAAGAAGUGAUAAACAAAAUCAAAAUUAACUUAAAUAACAUCAGUCCAGGAACAGUCCACAUUUCCAAUUAUAGUAGCAAACCUGAAUCAGUUUUAAUAGAUGCUUCCGAAAUAAUUUCAGCUGUUAAAGAUCUUAAGGAAGAAAGAGAAGAUAAAAAAAUGGAUAUCGAGUGA